AGCUCAGAACCUCGCGCGAAAAAACCAAUAUCAUAUAUCGCAAUGGGUAAGCGCGGAGGCAAGAGGUCCGGAAGAGGUGGCGGCCGCGGCGGCGGCGGCCAACGGAGUUCGUGGAGAGAUAUUGAGAGGCACAAUGAGAAAUUCGAGAACUAUUACAAUGAACUGGGUAUAAUUCCAGAGGAAGAGAAGGAAGCAUUUUGGGAAGCUCUCAGAAGGGAUCUUCCCAAUAGUUUCCGCUUCACGGGUUCAAGAGGCCAUGCUCUUGCUGUUCAGGAGCGCCUCAAGGAUUUCUAUAUCCCGCACAUUACUUCCAUUGAAUAUGAAGGAACGCAUGUCGAACCACCCCAGCCAGUACCCUGGUACCCAGAUCAGCUUGCAUGGUCCAUGACCACUCCCAAGAAUGUCGUCCGGCGUUUCGCUCCUUUUUCCCAGUUCCAGAAAUUUCUAGUUUCUGAAACUGAAGUCGGAAACAUCAGUCGUCAGGAGGUUGUUAGCAUGAUCCCCCCGCUACUCAUUGACAUCAAACCUGGAAUGACGGUCUUGGAUAUGUGUGCUGCCCCCGGAAGCAAGUCUUGCCAGCUUAUGGAGAUGCUGCAUGCAGGGGAGGAGGAAUCAAUGCAACAGGUCGCCGACAGUCUCAAAAAUGGCACUGAAAUUCCUAGCGUCGGGGAAGGCCUUGAGGACUAUGGCCGAUCUACUGGGCUUCUGAUCGCAAAUGACAGUGAUUAUAAGCGUGCCCACAUGUUGAUCCAUCAGAUGAAGAGACUUAACUCGCCCAAUUUGAUUGUCACCAAUCACGAUGCUACCAUGUACCCUUCGAUCAAACUCCCUGCGUCAACUUCGGCAGACGCGAAGCAGUCUCAGAACAAAUACCUCAAGUUCGAUCGCAUCCUCGCAGAUGUGCCCUGUUCGGGUGACGGGACGGCAAGGAAAAAUCCCAACCUCUGGAGUACCUGGGUUCCUGGCAACGCUAUGGGACUUCAUGUUACCCAGGCUCGUAUCCUUGUACGUGCCCUGCAAAUGUUGAAGGUCGGAGGAAGAGUCGUCUACUCGACCUGCAGUAUGAACCCCAUCGAAAAUGAGGCCGUUGUCGCCAGUGCUAUCGAAAGAUGUGGAGGCCCCAAAAAUGUCAAGAUUAUCGAUUGCAGCAACGAGCUGCCUGGUCUCAAGAGAGCGGCUGGUCUGCGGUCCUGGAAAGUGUGUGACAGAGAAGGGCGCCCGUGGAACACCUGGAAGGAUGUAGAGGACCACAGACAAAAGGAGGGUAUCGAUGGACUUGGAAGGCUCGCUGAGACCAUGUUCCCUCCUACAGGAGAGAAUGCGGAUCUGCCAUUGGAGAGGUGCAUACGUGUCUACCCUCACCACCAAGAUACCGGCGGAUUCUUCAUCACAGUCCUUGAGAAGACCGCUGAGAUCAAGGCCAAGCCUGAAGACUCAUCCAAAGUCAUUCCCAAAGCCUCAGUUGCUGCUGUUGUUGAAGAACUCGAUCACAAACGCCAGAACGGCAGCGCGGCGUUUGAGAAAAUAAAUGCCUUGGAUGACCUAGUCGCUCCGAACGAAGAGGCCCAAGCAGAACGCGCGAAGAACGCGACAGUUGCGGAGAGCUCCCAUCAGCCCCCAUACUCGGCCACUCUUACUUCGGCUGAUCAAAGCUCACCGGGCAAGAGAGGUGCGGAAGAACUGGAUGAAGUGUUGCCUGCAAAGCGCGCAAAGGUUGAAGAUGGCACGGAUGCUCUUAUUGGAGACAGGCCUGUUCAUGCUCCAGCGCCGUCCGUCGAGACGGAGAAUCUUGAGGCAGCCGCGUCGAAGCCCGUUAAGUUGCAGCCUCCGCAAAAGCGCAAGCCGGGCCAGCCAUACGAAGAGGCGUUCAAAUAUCUCGACCCUGCGCAUCCGGAACUUUCCACUAUCUUUGAGUUCUACGGGAUUUCAGAUAAGUUCCCCCGGGAUAGGUUCAUGGUGAGGAAUCCUGAGGGUCAGCCGGCAAAGACGAUCUACUAUACCAGUUCACUUGCGCGAGACAUCUUGACCGAGAACGAUGGACGGGGCAUCAAAUUUGUACACUGUGGAGUGAAGAUGUUCGUCAAGCAGGAUGUACAAAGAGAGGAUGUGUGCCGGUGGCGUAUCCAGGCAGAGGGUUUGAGGAUUCUGGACUCUUGGGUGGGACCCCAGCGGAUAGUCACAUUGACCAACAAAGAGACUUUCCGGAGACUGCUUAUCGAGAUGUUCCCUAAGGUGGACGGCGAUGGCUGGAAGGAGCUAGGAGAGAUUGGAGAGAGAGUGCGUGAUAUCAGCAUGGGUUGCUGCGUCCUGAGAGUGGAACCUAGCGAGGGAGAGGAUGGAUUCAGAGAGCGAAUGGUCUUCCCACUGUGGCGUUCCGUACACUCCCUCAACCUAAUGCUGCCGAAGGAAGAACGUCGCGCGUUGCUUCUGCGUCUCUACAACGACGACACGCCACUUGUUAACACGACCCAGAAGCGCACGGCUGCUGCAGACUUGUCGACACCUGAGAUUUCUGCCGAGGGUGAUGAGACUCCUGCAGUGACAGAGACGGGAGAAACGCCUACCGAUGUAGCGAUGUCAACUGAGUCCGUGGCUAGAACGGAAGAUGAUUUCAUCAAGCGCGAGAACCUCCGGCUUGGCCAGGAACAAGAGGAUCAGAUGGCCAAACGGGAAACCUGGCAGAAGAUGGGCGAUGAGGAGGACAAAUUCAACACCACGGUUUAAUCUAUUUUCGUUCUGGUCUGCUUACAGUCUAAAAGUUGGGGAUAUUGAGACAUCGGAACAAUGGGGAAAGCAUUUUAUUUGUUUGGAGAUCUAUAUACUUCCUAAACGUAUGAGUUUGGGAUCUGUAUCCAUAUCUAGAUAAAUCUCUUUGAGUUUCAUGUACGGUAUGACGAUCACAAGCAUACAUAAAGAAAAUUCAUACCUGCCUGUCUUUAGUGCUCUUAUGGCCCUCUUUUAUAUGUUACUAUUGACUUCACGAACAGUAAUCAGCGAGUCGACUGUAUACAAAUUUCCAAAGCCGAGCUACUGUAUAUGGUACACUCAUUCGGCAUGUAUUUGUUGAUCAGACAGACUAGGUUGGACUUCUAACUCAAAACAGUCCAUACAAAGAGUCUGUGGUAUACUCGUCCG